CUCCAGAAAGAGCAAUCAUAUUUUCUGUAAUAUAUUUUCGAGAACUCCAGAAAGUGUAAUCAUAUUUUCUGUAAUAUUCCAUUGCAAGAAAAGAUGAUGAAAAUCAGCGAUGAAAAGCUGACCAACAUAAUGGAGAACCUUGAAAAGACCUGGCAGAGGAUCACCGUCAGCACUUCUUCGAGCAGCAGAGGCUCAGACUACGAGGUUGGCGACUCGUAUUGCACCCAGGAUGCCGUCCGGCCUCUGGUGGCCACUAACUGCUCCGAGUAUGCGGUGGUCCAUGCAAACUGCGUGCUGCGUCCGGCUCGUCGAUUUGCGGAGGUUUUUCUGCUGCCGCACAUCCUGGAAACGAUGAGGAAUUUGGGCCUAAACCGGUUGCUCCGACUGCAGAGCUACACAUGGCCACACUUGGCCGGCGGAUCCGGGCACGGGGCGAUGAUUGUGGGCGCUCCGGGCAGUGGUCGCACUUUGGCUUAUGUACCAUCUGUUUGCCAUGCCGUAUCCAGCACCCUAAUGGAAUGCACAUGCCAGCGAAAGGAUGUGGAGCACGAGUGCUGGCAAACGGAUCAGUAUGGGCCCAUAGCCUUGGUCCUUGUGCCUGAUCUGCGUCGCGUUCACCAGGUGAGCGCCUUGUGUCAAGCCCUGCUGCGCAAGGCGCAAAAAAAAAACUGGCUUACAUUGACCCUCAAUGUUUCCUCCACGAAAGGUUCCCAGUUCUUUCUGAAGCUUUUGAACGGAGUUGGUUGCCUGGUGGCCACUCCUGCUCAGCUGGUAUGGUUUUGGCAAGAGGCACCUGAACUAAUGCGAUUCCCCUGCCUGCAGUUCCUAGUGUACGACGACGUGGACCUGAUGUCCAAGGAGCAGCUACAGAACGCCCAGAAGGUGGUGCAGGAGAUCCUCCCCCUGUCACACUCUCCCCAAGUAGUAAUGGUUUCAAAGUCAUAUUGUCCCACGCUGAUGUCUAAACUAAGAGCGGUCAACGAUAAGCCGGCUAUUGUGUUCGGCGAUAUACUGGAGGCGGCCGUUUACGGCGGAACACGUAUACGGAUCUCCAUAAUCCAGUCAGAAGCUAAAGCUAACGCAGUGGUCCAAAUGCUGCAGCAGUGUUCUCCCGAGGAGUACCGUACGGUUAUUUUUUGCAGCGAUGACAGUGACAUGCAGUGCCUUGUGGCAGCUCUGGAAGAUCGAAACUACAGCUGUCUGCCUUACUACCAGACUUCAGACCUGGUGGUUCUGGAGCAAGUCAAUGACUGGCAAAAAAGAAGCCACGGUGUUAUCCUGCUGUGCACAGACAACUGUCCGGAGCUGGACAUCCGAGAUGCGCACACCCUAAUCCAUCACGGUAUGAGUCAGUCGUGGAGCAAGUUUAAAUUAAGGCACCUUAAAAUAUCCGACAAUCUGCGCAAUAUCGGGGAUUCCACAGCAAACAUUGUGAAGAUGCCACUGAAUUCUCUGGUGCUUCUUGACAAUAACAAUCACCGUCAACUGCCGCGUCUCGUAGACUUUCUUCAGCUGCACCAAAAAGUGGACUACUACUUGGUUGAGGUGGCCAAACGGAUACGGCAGGAGUUGAGCGAAGCCAGGAACGACCAGCAUGCGUUGUGCGACCAAAUCUUACUCCUGGGCAAAUGCUACGAUCCUGUUUGCGAGAGCCGUCAUUACCAAUCCCAUUUGGACAGGAGGCCUGACUAUUUGCCUGCGUCUGGAGAUCUUAAAGUUCAGCUGGUUAAGGUUUACUCGCCGACACAUUAUUGCGUUCGCCUACUUGAACACCUACCGAUCAAAGGCACCUGGCAGAUGAUGGAAUACUCGGCUGUGCAGGAAUUCGGUAUGCAGCUGAUGCAGAGCAAGGAGCCCCGACGCUACUGGCCACCUGUUGUCGGAACAAUUUGUAUGUACCACACCACAUUGACAAAAGAGCGGGUUCGCGUUCUAAAAGUGCCGACUAUAAAAAACCCUAAUAUAGUUCAAUCCGAUUUGACGGUUGAACUCCAGGCCCUAGAUGUUGACACGCGGAUCUUCUCUACCAAUUGUGGAAAACUGUUUGAGUGUCCGGAGACGUUGCAGCAAAUGGCGCCGUUGGCCUGCGAUCUGCGGCUUUACGGCUGGGUGCCUUAUUCUGGAGAGCACAGCUGGAGUGAAGAAGACUGUCGCAAUGUAAAGUACAUUCUUACCCAAUUACCAAAGGAUUACUUCCUCCAGACCAAAAUAAAUUUCGUCGCCGCAGGAACUUUGUUUGUCAAGGAUCUGGUGGCUAUGGUGUAUGCUGAUCAAUUUAAGGCUCAUGUGCGGCAUCUAAGCCUAGUACGGUGUCUUGUUGAAACCACCUUGGCCAAACAAUGUGAGCAUGCUGCCGAAAGGAUUCGGGAAUUUUUUGUGGAGGUGUUAUUAAAUAAAAAAAUAUAUAAGAACGUUCAGAGCUUCAAGGAAAGAGCGAAUAGCAAACCAAACGAAGAAAUUAAGGAUGCGAUGACCGAUCAACCAGGCAAGCUGCACAGCCAGCCCGGCUUAAGCGGAAGGUGUCUGAAACUGGCCAAUAUAGCUCACGAGUCAGGCAAGGAGAACGAGCUGCAUCAGGAACGGCAAGAAAGAUCUAAAACCUUGAACGCACCACACCAAUCCAACGAAUCUGACAAGCCUCAACACAAUGAAGACGAAUUUGCUCAGCUGCACGAGUGUAUCAUGAAAUGCGCCUCUCUGCAGAUAGAAGAUAGGGGCAAACCGUGUCAGAAUUCUGACCAUGUGGUCAGCGAUGCAGUUGAAUUCCUUAACAUUGUGAUGAACGGUGCCUUUACAAAUAAUCACAAGCCGAAAACAGCCAAGGAUGCUACACCAUUGACUUUGCUAUCGCCUGACCAUACCCAUGAGAAGAUUCCAUUACUUCUACCACCUCAUAAUGUAGUGCGUCCGACCGUGACCUACUAUCAGACCAUGGCAACCUUAGAGUUACAGGUGUUUCUUCCAGAAGAUGACCAAGAAUACCAGGCGCAAUUGCUCAAAGCACAGUUGCUCUUCAGAGCCAUCUCCAAGUCCUCAGAUAUAGUACUACAGUUUAUUAUGACCCUCAGAUUUCCAUACAGCACAAUAAGUCACCACAUCCGCGGACGGACCGUGUACAUAAGUGUAACGAAGGUGCUGGCCCUUAUCGAUCCUUUGGCAUUUGGCCAGUAUCGAUUUCUCAAGCCCAAUCACGAUAUGUUCGAUAAAGUUGAUCACCACCGCCUGGAGACACAAAGCCGAUUGGUUAGUUUCCUGGAGAAUAUGGAUUAUGUGAAGCAAAAUUUUGAGGCUCAGGGCGAUGCCAGUGAGGACGAAGAAAGGAAUAUGGAAGGAAUUGAGCGUCCAGACUGCCAUAAAAUAUGGGACUCAUAAUCAAAAACUAAAUGAGAAGGACAUUUAGAACCAUUGUUCUUUUUACGGUUCUUCUUGCGGUAAAAGAGAAAGUUAAAAAUCAUGAAUAAUAUAAAAAACUUAAAGUAAGGUACAUAACAAAUUUGAGUUUUAUAUUAAAACCUGAAUAACUUUUUGGUUGCCUAAGAAUAAAGCAUGAAAAAAACCGUUGUAA